CUGGGUUCAUGACCCUGCACUUCCCGGGUCACCUUUUCCCAGGGUCCCCUCUCCACCACCCGCUCAAUAUAAACCCCGGGUCUGAGACAGAACCACCAGUCCCAGCCCCCGGAUUUGUACCAAGGAUGCUGCUGCUCCUGCUCUCCACAGCCUUUCUGCCUUUCAGAGCAGCUCGGGUCAUCAGGGGCCAGGAAGCCCCACUUGGCUCCAGACCAUACAUGGCCUAUGUGCAAAUUGGGUCAACGGGAAGCUGCGGAGGGUUCCUGAUCCGGGAGGACGUGGUGGUGACAGCAGCUCAUUGUAACUGCAACCUGGGCAACUUCUUUGUCUACCUGGGAGUCCAAGACUUCAUGAAGCCGGGACUGAACUGGCAGCGGAUCCGGGCCCGUCGCUGGAUCCAGCACCCUGACUUCAACAAUGAGAACUUUGACAAUGACAUCAUGCUGCUGAAGCUGUGGCACAGCGCGGAGCUGACCAAGUGGGUGGGGCUUGUCUCCCUGCCGGAGGCUGAUCAGAGUGUCAGCCCAGGCUCUGAGUGCAGCGUGGCCGGGUGGGGUCGGACCGGAGUGAACACCACCACCGACACGCUGCAGGAGGCGGAGCAGGAGGUGAUGUCGGACAGCCUGUGCAGAGAGCAGUACCGGCAUUACAACCCCAUCACCAUGCUGUGUGCCGGCAGCCCUCACGUCAAUAAAUCAGCCUUCCAGGGUGAUUCCGGCGGGCCUCUGGUGUGCAAAGGGGUGGUCCAAGGCAUCGUCUCCAAUGGAAAUCCAGAGGGGAGACCCCCCAGCAUAUACACGAGAAUCUCCAAAUUCAUCCCCUGGAUCAAGGAAACUCUGCAGAAGCUGAGUUAAAGGAGACGCUCCCCUGUAAAGGGCCAAUAUUGCCAAAAAGGGAUCCAUGCCUGUGUAGAACCCCAAGAUUUUUUAGAUGAGAAUAUUUUUUCUAGUGGUAGAGAAAUGCUACAAAUGGCUAAGUCCUGAAAUCCUUUUGCAGCUAGAAAUUACCCCAUCGAUUUUUGAAAUUUUGUUAUAUUGUCUGCCCAAGUGGCUAGUCAAUGUUUGGGACCCUGCGAGUGUUCCAGUUGGAAGCAGAAAUUGAUGAUGGAGUCUGAUAUUUCCUUUGCUGUGAUCUAUUUAUUUGCAAUAUCCAAAGUCCUCUUUCCCUGAACACAGUUGGAAUCAAACAGCAGCAGACAGCAGCUCUGUUAGCUGUCCCAAGCCUGCAUCUCCAGCAGUAUCUGUGCCCAAAAAGCUUUUUCUCUUAGCUGUCUCUCAGGGCCAUAUUCCUGUGCUUCCAGGUUGUUUCUGCCUGACUUAUUACUUUGCAUCUGACUUGAUUCUGUUCCUGGGUCUCUCUGUUUAUGCUGUGUCUGUCUGAUCUGAAUGCUCCAUUACACCGAGAACAAUAUUUGGUGAAAAUAUUUCCUCCUGAGUUGUUAGAAUCCCCCCAUGUGUACAGGGUCUUACUUCAUCUGAGUGGAUUCUGGAGCAAGGGUAGAAUUUUUUCUGUUGAAUUUUAUAGACCCUCUACAAUGCUGAUCAUUUUUAUACCUAAUCCAUUCUUCAGGAGUUUUCCAUCAUCAAAAUUUCUAGCUGCAGUGUGUCAUUGGCUGGCUUAAAAACGUUCUUUCUUCCAUCCAGAGAGCAGGAAUGGGGCCAUGUGGGGUAGGUGACCAAUCUAUCACCAUGAAGUGUGGCUGGUUAAAUUAAACAGCCUGUGACAAGAGAACAUUGAAACAAUAGUGUGAAAAAAAAAUUUUUGAAUGUU